CGGCGGCCCCGAAUCUCCGCUGCGGUAUAAAAGCCACCAUCGCCAGCGGUCCCGCGUCUAGUUCACUCGUGACCGAUCGUUAAUCGAGCCUUUCCAAGAACAUGAAGGUCUGCGCAUUAGUUGUCCUCGGACUCGUAGCCAUGGCCUCGGCAUUUCCUCAGCAAAAGGAUGGCCAGAUUUUCAGCAACGAGGCAAUCAAACAGGCCCAGCAGACUUAUCUCAUUCCAAAGGACGCGCAAAUUCAAAAUGUCCAGGAGGGAAUUGAACUCGCCGCUUACGAAUCGAUACCCGGCAAUCAGAGGAUCAAUCUCUUCGAGAUUCUCGGUGAGCACGUUCCCGCCGAGGUCGUCAACAACUUGCAGGGCCAGAUCGAUCAGAUUGGACGGAACUGAGACUGCAAUUUACCUAUUUUGAAUGCUGUCCCCCAACAUCUUCUCUUAUCCUUCUCUUGACCAUACGAGAGACAGGAGGCGUACAGAGAUGUACCAACAUUGAAUAUUCGACCUAUAUAAGAUUAUUUAUAAUGUACGAGUAAAG